AUGGGUAAACAAAGAAAACAGGAAAACUAUUGGGAUUCCGAGGAAGCAGAUAAGGAUCGUGCCAAAGCUGAGAAGUUACAAUCUGGUGGUGCUGAUUCAGAGAGUGAAGAGGAAGUAGCUCCAGCUCCCAAAGGAAAGGGAAAGCAAGCUGCUGCUCCUGCAAAGAAGAAUCAGAAUGGUGGUGGAAAGAAGAACCAAAAGGUAGAAUCAGAGUCAGAAUCAGAGGAGGAAGUUGCUCCAACAAAGAAAGGUGCUAAGCCAGCUGCUAAACUAGCUGCUAAGCAACCAGCAAAGAAAGGAUCGAUUGCAAAGAAGAUGUUGGAAUCACCAUCUGAAUCGGAAUCUGCCUCAGAGUCAGAGUCUGAGGAGGAUGUUGCACCAAAGAAACCAGCUCCAGCCAAAGGAAAGAAGGCUGCCGCUGCUGCUCCAUCCAAGAAGGUGUUACCACCAUCUGAUGAUUCGGAAUCUGAGGAAUCAGAGUCAGAGUCAGAGGAGGAAGUUGCACCAGCAAAGAAAGGUGCUGCCAAACCAGCUGCUAAGCCAGCUGCCAAGCAAGCAGCAGCAGCAAAGAAAGGAUCGAUUGCAAAGAAGAUGUUGGAAUCACCAUCAGAGUCAGAGUCUGAACAAUCGGAAUCGGAAUCUGAGGAGGAUGUUGCACCAAAGAAACCGGCACCAGCCAAAGGAAAGAAAGCUGCCGCUGCUGCACCAUCUAAGAAGGUGUUGCCACCAUCCGAGUCAGAGUCUGAAGAAUCAGAGUCAGAUUCAGAGGAGGAAGUUGCACCAGCAAAGAAAGGUGCAGCUGCCAAGCCAGCAGCUAAACCAGCUGCCAAGCAAGCAGCUAAACCAGCACCAGCACCAGCAAAGAAAGCAGCAGCAGCAGCGAAAGGAAAGAAAAACAAACAAAACUAUUGGGAUGAAGAUUUCGAAAAGGAUGCUGAGGAUGCAAAGAAGAUUCAAGACGGAACUGGAUCACCAGCAGCACAAUCUGCAUCGGAAUCAGAGUCAGAGGAAGAGGUUAAGACACCAGCACCAAAGAAAGAAGCAACACCAGCAGCACCAGCAGCAGCAGCAACAGGUAAAGCAGCAGCAAAGAAGAAGAAUAACAAGAAGAAACCAGGUGCUCAAGAAAAGAAACCACAACAGGAAGAGAAACUCUCUGGAUUCCUUUUGAAGCAACGUGAGGAAGAAGAGAGAAAGAAGAAAGAAGAGGACGAAAGAAAGAAGAAGGCUGAGGAGGAAGCUAUCUUGGCAGCCAUAAAAGAAAAGGAAGAUGAGGAGCGUAACAAGAUCAAGGCUGCAGAGAAGGCAAAGAAGAAGGCUGAACGUAAGGCAAUCGAAGCUGAGGAGCAGAAGGAAAGAGAGAGAAUCGAGCGUAUCGAAAAGUUAAAGGCAACCGGUUUUAAGAUAUCGGCAUUGGAGAACGCAGCUCAACCAGGUGACGCAAAGAAAGUAGUAGUAUACUCGAGCAAGAAGAAGCCAGGCAAGAAGGACAAUGUCAACCAACUCGCCGAACAGGUCAGUGAGAUCAAGAUUGAAGAGACAACACCAACUACUAGCAGCCCACCAGCUGAGGAGGAGGUUAUGGAGAGUUGGGAUGCCGACGGUUGGGAAUCGCUGGAAGACAUUCAAAAGAGAAAGGAAGAGGAAGAGAAGCAACGUUUGGAGGAAGAGGAGAAGAAGAGAAAGGAGGAGAAGGAAGCUGCCAAGAGGGAAAAGAAAGCUGGAAAGAAGGGAAGUAAGGACAGCAAGUCAACUACUACCACCACUACCACUGCCGCCGGUGGCAAUCCAGAGAACCAAGAAACCCCAGCAGAGAAAGAGUUGCGUUCACCCAUUCUCUGUAUUCUCGGUCACGUCGAUACCGGUAAGACUUCGUUGCUCGAUAAGAUUCGUAGCACCAACGUCCAAGGUGGUGAAGCUCGUGGUAUCACUCAGCAGAUCGGUGCUUCCUUCGUGCCGGUCGAGACUAUCAAGGAGCAAACCAAGGGUAUCAACGAGAAGUUAAAGGUCAACUUUAGGCUUCCAGGUUUGUUGUUGAUCGAUACACCAGGUCAUGAGUCGUUCAACAAUUUGCGUUCCAGAGGUUCCGGUCUUUGUGAUCUCGCCAUUCUGGUCAUUGAUAUUGUGCAUGGUAUUGAGAAGCAAACUGUCGAGUCUAUCAAUCUUUUGCGUAUGAGAAAGACACCGUUUGUCGUUGCAUUGAACAAGGUCGACAGAGUCUACGAAUGGCAAAAGUAUGUCAAUCUCAGCAUGAACGAGGAGCUCAAGUUACAGAACAGACAUACCGCUCAGGAUUUCGAGUCGAGAACAAACAAGAUUAUCGCUCAGCUCGCUGAACACGAGUUGAAUGCUGCUCUCUACUGGAGAAACUCUGACUACAAGAAGGUUGUAUCGUUGGUUCCAACCUCUGCCGUUACCGGUGAGGGUCUAGGUGAUUUGAUGUUGGUGGUCGUCCAGUUGAUGCAAAAGAUCAUGUCGGAGAAGGUCACCUACAGAAACACAUUGGAGUGUACCAUUCUUGAAGUCAAGGCAAUCGAAGGUUUGGGUACAACUGUCGAUGCCGUCUUGGUAAACGGUGUCUUGAAUGAGGGUGACAAGAUUGUGGUCAGUGGUUUCGGUGGUCCAAUCGUCACAACCAUCAGAUCACUGCUGACGCCACCACCACUCAGAGAAACACGUGUCAAGACUGCAUUGAUUCCAAACAAAUCGAUCAGAGCAUCUAUGGGUGUAAAGAUUGUCGCGCCAGGUCUAGAGAAAGCAGUUGCCGGUACCUCCUUGUACGUUGUUGGUGAAGACGACGAUCUCGAAGAGCUGAAGCGUGAGGCACAAAAGGAUGUCGACAGUGUUCUCGCCACCGACGAUACCGAAGAGAUUGGUGUCACCAUCCAAGCUUCAACUCUUGGUUCUCUCGAAGCUUUCUCUACUUUCUUGAAGGGAGAAAAGAUUCCAGUUGCUUUCAAGGCCAUCGGUCCAGUCCACAAGAAGCACGUUAUGAAUGCCGCUAUCAUGGCAAACAAAGAUCCAAAGUAUGCCAUUCUACUUGCUUUCGGUGUCAAGGUUGAAGAGUCUGCAAUGCAAACAGCCAACGAGCUAAAGAUUACAAUUAUGUCAGAGGAAACCAUUUAUUUGUUUGUCGAUCGUCUGAAGACAUACUUUGGCGCCAUUAAAGAGAAACUUAGAGAGCAAACCGCCAAUGUUUGUGUAUGGCCAUGUUUGCUCGAUGUUAUUAAAGUAUUCCGUCAGAAGGACCCAAUUCUGGUCGGUGUUCGUAUUAAGGAGGGUACCUUGCGUAUUGGUACACCACUUGUCUUGCCAGAUCCAAAUCAACAACACGUCGACAUUGGUGUUGUACAAUCAAUUAAGCUCAACGAGAAGGAUGUCAACAUCGCCAAGAAAGACGACGAAGUUUCAAUUUCCAUCGACGAUUCAAACACCAAGACCACAUUCGGUAGACACUUUGACGAUAAGAAAGAUUGGUAUUCAAAGAUCUCUCGUGAUUCUAUCGAUGCUCUAAAGGAAGCUUGGUCAGACGAACUUACUAAACAAGAUAAACAAUUAAUUGUUUUCAUGAAAGGAGUAUUUAAGAUUAACUAA